GAAAGGCAGUCAUGCUGCACUGAAGCUUUUAAGCUCAGCAGGAGCAUGUGAGACGAAAGGAAGGCAGAGACGCACAAGAAAACUACGACUGAAGAGAGAAGGAGACAAAGGAGUGGUAAAACUGGAAAAUAGAACUUUCCUGCUCGUUUUUAACAAGGAUUGGCUUCGAGAUUAUAAGGAAAAGAAGACUGCAUGGAUAAUCUGCUCUCCUUCAUCAGCAACCCAGGGCUCAGCAAAAUGGACAGGUUGACAGCUGUCAUUCUCUGUGGCUUUAAAUGUCCACUGCUAUGGCCAAGCGUGAGGCAGGGAACGCCAGCCCUGUGGUGCGUCAGAUAGACAAGCAGUUCCUGGUUUGCAGCAUCUGUUUGGAUCACUACCACAGCCCCAAGGUCCUGCCCUGUCUACACACAUUUUGCGAAAGCUGUCUUCAGAAUUACAUUCCUCCAGAGUCUCUGACACUCUCGUGUCCUGUGUGUCGACAAACAUCCAUCCUGCCUGAGAAGGGAGUGGGAGCUCUACAGAACAACUUCUUCAUCACUAAUCUCAUGGAGGUCCUGCAGCGUGAGCCGGAGUGUUCACGGCCCGAGGCCUGCAGUGUGUUGGAGUCGGUCAGCGCUGCAGUAGCAGGGAAGCCUCUUUGCUGCCCAAACCAUGAAGGGAAGGUGAUGGAGUUCUACUGCGAGUCUUGUGAGACAGCCAUGUGUUUGGACUGCACAGAGGGCGAGCACCGGGAUCAUAUGACUGUUCCUCUGCGGGAUGUAGUGGAGCAGCACAAAGCUGUGCUAAAAACACAGCUUGAUGCCAUUCACAGCAGACUCCCUCAGCUGACAGCAGCUGUUGAGCUGGUGAGUGAGAUCUCGCGGCAGCUAAAUGAAAGAAAGACUGAGGCAGUAGCAGAGAUCAACAGUACGUUUGAAGAGCUGGAGCGGGUGCUGCAUCACCGCAAGACAGCCCUCAUCACAGACUUGGAGAACAUCUGCAGCUCCAAGCAAAAGGUCCUCCAUGCCCAGCUUUCCUCUCUUCUCCAGGGGAAGGAACACAUCCAGAGCAGCUGCAGCUUCACAGAGCAGGCUCUCAGCCAUGGGAAUGCAACUGAGGUGCUACUGGUUCAGAAGCAGAUGAGUGAGCGGGUCACAGCUCUGGCCAGACACGAUUUUCCAGAGAAGCCACAUCAGAACGCACAUCUAGACUGUCAGGUGGAGACUGAGGGUUUGCGGCGCUCCAUCCAGAACCUGGGCGUUCUCCUUACAACAUCAGCCGUGGCACACACCUCUGUCGCCACAGGGGAGGGACUGAGACAUGCAGCUACUGGGCAGCACCAAACCAUUACUGUGACAACAAAAGACAAAGAUGGAGAGUUGGUGAGGACAGGAAAUGCUGUUUUAAAGGUUGAGAUAUUGUCAGCUGACGGUAACAGAGCUGCAGAGGUAGAAAUAACGGACAACAAGAAUGGAACGUAUGAAGUGGGCUACACGUUGCGCUCCGAAGGAGAGUAUUCGUUCUGCCUGCUGCUGUAUGGUCAGCCCAUACGUGGCAGCCCAUUCCGUCUGCGGGUGGUCAAACCGUCAGAUGUGCCCCAGUCUCCGGAUGAUGUGAAAAGGAGGGUGAAGUCCCCGAGCGGGACAGGAGGCCACAUCCGUCAGAAAGCGGUGCGAAGGCCUUCCAGCAUGUACAGCACCACCAAAAAAAAGGAGAACCCCAUUGAGGACGAGCUCAUCUACAGAGUUGGUUCCCGGGGAAGGGAAAAAGGCGAGUUCACAAAUCUGCAAGGAAUCUCAGCCUCCAGCAACGGCAGAGUGGUGGUGGCUGACAGCAACAACCAGUGCAUACAGGUAUUUUCCAACGAUGGGCAAUUUAAAAUGCGCUUUGGGGUCAGGGGUCGUUCUCCAGGACAGCUGCAGAGACCGACAGGAGUCACUGUAGACAUGAAUGGAGACAUCGUGGUGGCCGAUUAUGACAACAGAUGGGUCAGCAUCUUCUCCUCAGAUGGCAAGUUCAAGAAUAAGAUUGGUGCAGGCCGUCUUAUGGGUCCCAAAGGAGUGGCCGUGGAUAAAAACGGACACAUCAUCACUGUGGAUAACAAAGCCUGCUGUGUCUUCAUCUUUCAGUCCAAUGGGAAGCUGGUGACUAAGUUUGGAGGCAGAGGGACAUCUGACAGACAGUUUGCAGAAAAACUUGGCCCAAACUUUAAUAAAUCUGGCUCAGUUUUCAGUCCACACUUUGUUGCAGUGAACAACAAGAAUGAAAUUAUAGUGACAGAUUUUCACAAUCACUCUGUUAAGGUAUACAGCGCAGAUGGGGAGUUUCUGUUUAAAUUUGGCUCUCAUGGAGAAGGCAAUGGCCAGUUCAACGCGCCCACUGGUGUGGCUGUAGAUGCUAAUGGAAACAUCAUUGUAGCCGACUGGGGUAACAGCAGAAUACAGGUUUUUGAUAGCACAGGGUCCUUCCUGUCCUACAUUAACACCUCAGCUGACCCGCUCUAUGGGCCCCAGGGCCUCGCUCUCACCUCAGAUGGACAUGUGGCAGUUGCCGACUCCGGAAAUCACUGCUUCAAAGUUUACAGAUAUCUGCAGUAGAUAAAGGAAAGGCAUCAACCAAUCCUGCUUGAAUAAAUUAAUAUUUCACAUUACUGGCUGACAUUAACGUGCAAUGUUCCUGCAGCCUGUUUGGGCAGAUUCAUUUCUUGUUCACUUCUUUUCAGUGAAGGGUAAAGAAAUUUCAAAAAUAUUAAUAUUAGAAGAAGAGAAACAAGUUGGAUUUCUGCCAGUAUAUCCACCUGGACUCAGCCUGCAACCGUGGCAUUUUGUUGUAAACCUAAUUUCUGGAUUAGAUUCGUGACUUUUCCAGCAACCAGCAAGGCAAACAAGCAUGUACUAUUUCCAACCAUGUUUUCAGAGGAAGGUAGGCCUGUAGUUCAGUACAGUUUGUAGUGAGGUUCUUUAAAAAUGUUACAAGCUCUCAAAAUCUUACCUGCUGUAGUUAACUUUCAUGUGUUCUUUUUGAAUUAGCCCCAGAGGCUAACAUCCAGUCUAAAGGGUCUAAAGCCAAUGAGGACUGAAAACAGCUCCAGUCUCAAAGGAGUUGAAGUUAAUGCUAAUGGUUAUUUAUGAAUGCUUAUUUAUUAAUCUUUAGAGAAUAGGGUAAGUAUUAUUGCAUUGGACAUUUAUUUUUAAUAGAAGUUGUUGGAGAUGUUGCACCACCAAUAUAUUUCCUGUGUGAAAAAUCCAGGCUACAUAUAACAUGCUUUGUAUGUUAUCUGGGAACAUAUAAAGCAUGUCUGAUCAGAACACUGAGGGUGAGAGUAAUGCAGAAUUCAAAGCAAAGAAAUUAUUAAAUUAUCACUGUUUAAAAGUUUACUUGCACCUUUUUUUCAACUGGCUUUUUUUCAACUUUAGCAUGCCCUUUACUUCUUGUGUCCUGACCACAGCAUCAAUAUUCUCUUCAAUCCUUCAUGUGAAAUCUCCAUAACCUUGUGGUAUUAUGAAUUACUAUGCUUCUUACUUCAGAGGCUUGCAACACUACUUAAAUUUGGCAAUAUGGGGAAAAGGUUGUUCUGUCCAUAUCCUGUUCAACAAAUGUCAAAAUCAUAUUCAAAGGGGAAAUAUACAGAAAACAUUUAAAUGACUUAUUAGAAACUCUGGUUUAGCACAUAUAUUUUGGCCUUUGUCCAUUUGUACUGCAGGGAAAUCACUGGGAAACCACCUCCAUUAUCCGUUUCCUGUGUAAAUGAUUUUCAUCCUUACAUUUCAAUAAAAUCCAAGAAUACAAAUGCAAUAAUGAUCUAAAACUUUAUAAAGGAGUGUUUGUAGAAAUUGGUAUGUUUUAGUUUAAGCUUCUGUAAACAAUAAAUCAACUAAAUGAAGAACAUAGGUGUUUUCUGCUGCAGAGAAGAUAUAUUUAUUGCUUGAAACUUUUCAAUAGAACAUCAUUUCACAAUCCUAAGAGGUGCCAUUUUGUCACUGAGCUCCAAAACCCUGCUAUUCCUGCCUUCCAUUUUUUAAAACAGGACAUUUUGGAAUGUGUAGUAGUAGGUCAAUUCAUCAUUCUGUACUUUUUCAUCCUGACAAGACCCACCAGUCAUUAGUUGACCUUUUUGCAAGUUAUAGUUUCUUCAAUGAAGCAUAACAUCUCAACAAGCUCCACUUCUACAGGUAAUUUCUGUUUCUGGUCUUGCUGUUGUAAUAACCAAAAUAGAUUUCUAAAAAUUGACCCCAUGGCUUUUUGCACUUUUGUCUGUUAAUAUCAAUAAUUUACUGUACUUGUAAAUAUGCAUAUAUAUGUGUACAUAUGGCUUUAUUGUCCAUGUUAUAUUGCAACAGUAUAUAUCCUACUUAUUCCAACAUUUAAAUGAAAAUGCCAAGCAGUAGCCACCCAAAAUGAGUGAAAUAUUAGAACAAAGUUGUAAACAUUUGCUGUAUUUGAUUUUUUCCAGAUUAUUUAUUUUCGAUUUUCUUUUCUUUAUGAUGUGCAAAUUAUUUUUCUAACUGUUGUGUUGGACACUUUACUUUCUGCCAAACAUUAUAAGUUGUAGCAUCUGAAAUCUGAUUUCUCCUCUAACUUCCUCAAAGAGCUUACAUUGUUUAACAUUGAUGUUACCCUCUGCCAAAAUGUUUUAAUUUGCUUUUGAACAUUGCACAAAGUACAAAUAUAAGAGUUCUAUCAUUUUACAAGAAUAAGAUAUGCCUGUAUGUACAGUUCAUUUGUUAUUGUUCAUAACAGUCAUUUUAUUAUUGUUAUUGAUAACCAGCACUUUAUCAUGGACAGUUUAGAGUAUUUGUGUUUAUGUGUGGCUCCAAAAGGAACCUAUUUUUUAUGUACGUUUAUAAAAACUGUUAACUGUCUUUAUUCUUGUUUUUCAUUUGUUGGAAAACUGUGGACUGACAAUUUUUCUUUGUAAAUCACAUUGUUUUUCAUUUUCCAUGUCUUUAAUUGUCACUAACUAGAGUUUGUGUGAAAUGACUAAAGCACAUUUAAAUAAAAGGCUACAUUUACCAAAUAUGUGUACGGCUGUAUGCUAGAGAUCAGACAGAAAGCAAUUACAAGACGUGUGUAAUCCUGGAAAAUUAUUGCAAAAAUAAACCAGAACAGUGAGAAA